GCCUAUAUGAACAUCGUCCCUUCCCACUUCCUCCAUUUUGUACUUUAGGUACCUGCCUAUCUUUUCCACUCCACAGCUUACUGCUGAAGAGGUUUCUGUUGAAGACAAUUUUUGCACGUACCUAGAAUUUCCAGUGCAACAAUUCCUCGACUCUACCUUUUCCUCUCAAAAACCAUUCAUUCACCAGCACGUCGCCGGCCCAGAUCUCUUCAUCGCAACGCGUCUAUAUACCGCGUCUUAUACCUAUACUAUCGGUAUACAGUCUCACUAUUUGGACAUAUCGUAUUAACGACGCCUAUUCCUAUUGCCGAUCUCUAGUCCGUCAUCGACAUCCGUUCAGCCACCUAUUAAAUACCUUUUUAGCUCGACAACCAUGGAUUCUUGCAGAACGGCCAUUGUUAACCUUAGCGACAAGCAGCACCCUAACUAUGGUCUCACCAAGCGGAACAACUCAUCCAAGUUCUUCUCGAUGCUCCCUAGAGAAGUCCGACUCAUGAUUUAUGAAUAUGCGGUAUAUGUCAAUCCAGAGAUUAGACCAAGGCAACUUUAUCCCCACUCAAACAAAUUCAUCCCCUAUAUACACUCGCCCAGUACGCCAAAUCGCCUAUACCGAAAACGGCUGGUUGUUGUUUCGCUUGCUCGCGUAUGCCGAGCCAUCUAUGCUGAGCUUGAACACUUUCAGCCGUUCUACAAAGUCAACAAAUUCUAUUUUGAGGACUUGAUCGAGCUUCGUACCUACCUUGCAGCUAUCAUACCAUCUCGCCGCCAAGCAAUCCGUUGGAUUGAUUUCCAUCUAAAUGAUUGGUUUGACCACUGGCUUCUAACCAAGCGAAUAUUUUGGUACGACCCUGCAUACCCAGUAGACCAUGGCACGUUGGUAAUUCUUAGUCAAACCAACCUCCAAGAGUUUACCCUCAUUGAAACAAUAUCCGACCUAGCCCCAGGCAGGGUCGCCGCCGAUGUGUUGCGUGAGAAUCUCAAUCGGGUCUUGGAAUAUCCCGACGGAUUGCACACCAUGCGAAAUCUGCCUUGCUUCCGACUAGGGUUCAUCCUUGAGUCUCCGGACGAGACCACUGAUAAGCUGACAAAGGAAAUCGACGAAGCAUUGGAGACCCGUAGGAAACGCAUUGGUACGGAUAGACCUGAAUGGUUUAAGCAGUUGAAUAACUUUAGGUCGACCGAAAAUGCUAUGCGUGAAGUCCGUGGUCUUGACAUCCUGGGCGAAGACCGAGUAGCUCUGGAUAGAGCAGGUAGUUACCAUGGGGCUGUCUCUUCUCGGACAAGAGGCAAAUGCCGACUCCCCAAUUCGGUCGGCCAAAUGAUUGAGAACAUACCAAGAUACAGCGCAGAUGGUUUUCUGACUUCUUCUAUCUACAAAGUACAUGAUAUUCGUUGGGGUGGAACGGAUGUGCGGUGCCAAGUGUCGCAUAAGUACGGGAAUAAUGUCUGGGAGGAUGCCUCUGCUAUCCUCGUCCCCCACAACAUCUACGACUUUAUACAAUUCUAUGAAGGAAUAAUGAAAGCAGCCGACCCGAGUCGCUUGGAUGAGAUUAAAAGUAAGCCGACCUUGCGCGAUAUUAUCAAAAUUGAAGGGGGCUUCCAUUUUCUCCAGCAUACCGGGGCUGAGGACCAAGCAAAGGGCCGAGCAAAGAAUCAAGGAAAGCGACGACGGCGGUCAAGACUAUCUAUAAUGAAAGAAGAUUGGUUGCAGUGUGCAAAUCUGUGGGAAACCUAUAUAGCCAACUUGGAAAAGAUGAGAACUUAGGGGAGCAAAAGGAGGAGGCGACCCGGAAAAGCUAAGCAAGAACCUGAAGAGGACUCUGAGCUAUAGUAAGAAAGUACUUAGGAGACCUACAUACAGCAAGUGGCGACCCGACCACGGAAAGUAAAUGCAAUGCAAUUUUCGGAGGCUUUAUGAUGCAUGAUAUGAUAGACUCAAGAAAGGGGAUAUAGCAACAAAAGGGGCAGAGUUCUUUUUUCCUAUCACAAUUGCUUGUAUUAUAGUUGCAAACCGCCCCUCAGGUGAAC